CCAGCAAUAUCGGAGCAUACUACUCCACAAUCUAUAUGGACAAUUCCAAUUCCUAUAAGUGAAAAAUUCACUGAAGAUGAUGAAUUCGAAGAUAUACGACUAUAUCGUAUUAAUACAACCUAUGAAAAUAAUACUAACACUUGA